UUUAUCUCUCCCAUAGGGCUGUGGUUACAUGUCUUGCAAGAUUGUACGAAAUGUUGAAAGAUGUUCUUCAUAAUGAAGAAAGCCUAUGGGCGAAGACACAAAAAACGGACACAACAACUGCUCAGCUCGCCUGCAUCUAUGCUAUUUCUACAAAGAUAUUCCGUUCUCUUUAGUUGUUAUUUGGUGCAUACGCCGUGUUCUUUGCAAACAGACGUUGUCGAUCGCGUGUAAAAAAUUUUCGUGUUCUGACAUAUUUAGGAGUAUCGUUUUUUAUAUAUGCACAAGACUGAGACGAGUGAAAUAACAUUGCUCGCAUGAUGCUGCAAGCAUUUUGGAUGCACACAGGCUGGAACUUCAGCUUCAGAAUCCCAAGGGGAUCGACUUCGGAUUCAGCUCGAAUUUCUGCCAUUUGACAUGAUCACAACGUAAAUCUCCAGUUUUGUUCAUCAAAAGACAGGCAAAUUAGUCCUUUUAUUGAGAAAAGUUUGCGGUUGACGUGCAGUUCAAACCGGUGCUGUUGCACGAGCUUGGGUAAAUGCUGCCCAGUGCAGAAUCUGGGAAAGAACAUUUCGGAGUUGUCGUACGUUGUACGUGUUGUAGUAUGCUGCUGCUUAUAUGAAACGAGCUAUAGUUCCCUCGAAGAAAGAAGAAAGUUCAUGAAAAGGUUUUUGACGGAAUAAACGCGGGAAAAAAAUGUACCAAGGUAACACGGAGGAUCCGUGCGACGUCGAUGACUUCAAUCCAGAUCUGUACCUGGACAAGUUGCUCAAGGAAUGCUCACUAACAGAACUGAUGGACAGAGAACAUGAGAUGUACAAACAAAUUCAGGCCUUGGACAGCGAAAUGCAGACCCUGGUCUACGAGAACUACAACAAGUUCAUCAGCGCCACAGACACCAUACGCAAGAUGAAGAAAGACUUGAAGAAGAUGGAAGAGGAGAUGGACGGUCUGGCAACCAACAUGGCCAGCAUCAGCCAGUUCAGCGGCCAGAUAUCGGGGACGUUGCAGGGCAGACGGGAACAUAUGGCCCGUCUCUCGGGGACGCACACGCUGCUCAAGAAGCUGCAGUUGCUCUUCCAGCUUCCUCCGCGGCUUAAGGCAUGCAUGGAGAGGCAGGCUUACGGCCAGGCUGUCAAGUACUACACCCGGGCUGAGGCUAUCUUGCACCAGUACCACGACAUGCCCUCCUUUCAUGGAAUCCAUCAUGACUGCAACCUCAUUGUGACGCAGCUCAAGGAGAGGCUCAAAGAACAGCUCAAUUCCCCGGGGGUGACACCCAGGGAACUGGCCCACUUGGUGCAACUGCUCUUCGAGUUGCAAGAACCCACAGAGGCUCUCUGUGCCGACUACCUGCUCAAUGCUGGAAAGUCACUGGAAGCAGACCUCGAGGUCCUGCAGCAGGUGACCCUGCAAGAAGACAUCCUCCAGUUCAUGGACCUGGCCUGCAACCGUUUUGUCCGGGGCCUCUGCAACGUCACCGAGGCCUACCUGAAUCUCUUUGUCAACCAGUUGCCCGUAGUAGAAUCCUGGGUUGUGCGUCACAAGUUGGAGUCAUUUGUUGAGACCUUGAUGCGGCGCUACCUGGCCGUAGUGGCGCAGAGACUAGCCACGGAGAAAUGCUGCUCCGACAACAGCAUCUUGGUGAAGGCCCUGGACCGCUUCUGUCAGAGACUCGAAGGGGUUGCCGGGGGCGCAUACGUGGAGCCGGCACUGCACAUUGCCAGGGAAGCUGUGCGUGGCCGCUGCAGUCAUGCCCUGCAGGCCCUGUGCCAAUUCUUUAGCCAGCAUCUAACCGACGUGCGGCAAGACGUGGCCCUGCGCAAAGAUAACCUGGCCCAGCUGCACGGAGGACUACGUUCGGCGGUGCUCGAGCAAGUUGGCCAAGUGCUCGCGGGCCUGCAGGCAUUUGUGCAAGCGGACGUAAGUUUUGCUCAGGAAGAUUGCUUCCGGGAACCCUUCUGUCUGGACGUUCGUGAAAGGGUGGUUGUUGCAUUUGUUCGUCACAUCAAUCAGAGUGCGCUGGAGUUUUGUGGCCAACCGAGUGGGCUGUUGUUGCUGCUAUUGUCACGUCUAAGUCUGGACAUGAAAACUAGCAUGGUCAAUCAGAUGCUGGAAAUGGUCGACGAGCACUUUCCGAUUGCGAUAACUCCGGCGAGCACUCUGGUGGAAGAUAGUGGCCAGGUGGCGCAGACCCUUCUCGAUGACUUUGUCAGAGCGCAGGGCCUCAUCAUAUCCCAGAUGCUCCGCAAGAGCGUUGAGACUCGGGACUGGCUUCACACUUUAGAGCCUCGGACAGUGAGAGCCGUCAUGAAGCGGGUUGUGGAAGACGUAACGGUGGUGGAUAUGGCUGUCGGCCAGCUCUACGAGGAAGGGACCCGAAAGCAGCGCAGCAGCGAUUCGAGUCGCCGGACGUACCCUUACAGUGCCUCGGGACGAGCGGCUCGCGGGGGUCGCUGGGCCAGCGUCGACCACAGCUUGCUUAGCAACAUCCAGAAACUUUUCUUGGAAAAAAUUGAUAUCUUUACCACGGUGGACUUCUCCAGGGUUUCCGUCAUGACCGGAAUCAUCAAGAUUGGUCUCAAGACCUACUUGGAGUGCAUACGUCUCAAGACCUUUAGCCGCUUUGGUUUACAGCAAGUGCAGGUGGACACGCACUACCUGCAGCUCUACCUCUGGAGGUUCGUCAGUGACGAAAACCUUGUGCACGUGCUGUUGGAUGAAAUAAUGGGCAGCGCCAUUCAUCGUUGCCUAGAUCCUGUGCUCAUGGAGCCGAGUGUCGUGGAGGUGAUCUGCGAACGAGGAUAAAAACACGCAGGACAUAAUAAACGGUGUUUGAAUUUUU